GGCGGGCUGGGAGGGCGGUGUGGCGGCGGAGCGGCCCGAGCGCACGACACUCCUCCUGGCUGGGGCGGUGGAAGGAACGCAUUUUGAAUCCAGGCUUGGCCUGAAUCCCAGUGGAAACCACACGCCGCUUUCCCAGCUGUGUUGAGCAGAGCACUGGGCUGAAAGUGGCAAGCAGGGCUCUGGCUGGACUGAAUUUUAUCAGCUCCACAUCUGCUUUGGGGAAAGGAAACAAGAACUCUGAAAUCAUGGCAGGGAAACCCAAGCUGCACUACACCAAGGGAAGGGGGAAGAUGGAGUCAAUCCGAUGGCUGUUAGCAGCAGCUGGGGUUGAGUUUGAGGAACAAUUCAUAGAAACAAAAGAAGACCUAGAAAAAUUACGCAAUGAUGGAGUUCUGCUGUUUCAGCAAGUGCCCAUGGUGGAGAUCGAUGGGAUGAGGAUGGUGCAGACCAGAGCCAUCCUCAGCUACAUAGCAGCAAAGUACAACCUCUAUGGAAAAGACUUGAAGGAGAGAGCCUGGAUUGAUAUGUAUGUGGAAGGAACUACAGACCUGAUGGGAAUGAUCAUGUAUCUCCCUUUUCAACCAGCUGAUACAAAAGAAAAGAAUCUUGCCUUAAUCAUUGAACGAGCUACAACUAGGUACUUUCCUGUUUAUGAAAAGGCCUUAAAAGAUCAUGGACAGGAUUAUCUUGUUGGCAACAAAUUAAGCUGGGCAGACAUCCAUCUGCUGGAAGCCAUUUUAAUGUCAGAAGAAUGUAAGCCUGAUAUACUGUCUGCAUUUCCUCUGCUACAGGCUUUUAAAGGAAGAAUCAGCAACAUUCCAACAAUCAAAAAAUUCUUGCAGCCUGGCAGCCAGAGGAAGCCACCAACAGAUGAGAAGUUUGUUGCUGUUGUGAGGAAAAUAUUCAAUAUCUAAUCUGCUGAAGAUAGCACAACUAUAGUAUGUUACCAGAGCUGUGCCUUGUAAGUGUAAAUUGCAUACUUGUGCUCCGUAGCUUGCAUCACGUAGUCAGUGUUGAAAAAGAAUACACUUUUAAAUUAGAGUAAAAGACUAAUUUGGACCUGUUGAGUGCAGAAAAUGGUAUUUCAUUGAGCAGUUACAUGAAAUAAAAUAUACUGAUACUUUG